AUAUUCAAUUUUAUUAACUGAAACAUUUUUCUCGCAAUUUUUGUAAUUAUCUAAAUUCUAAUGCCUUUAAAAAUUUAUGAAUAAUUUUAUUGUGGUCAAAGCAGCUUUAACUUAAUAGCUAAGGUAGCAGAUAAUUCGCAUCAUGGUGUGAGAUUUACACGAAUUAUUUUUUUUCGGAGUGUUGGAAGGUCGUGGUGGUCACCAUGAAGCGCCAAAACGUCCGCACUUUAUCCCUGGUUGUGUGUACAUUUACGUAUUUGCUCAUCGGCGCGGCAGUAUUUGAUGCCUUGGAGUCUGAAACUGAGAGUAAGAGAUGGGAAGUUUUAUCCGAUAUGAGAAAUGGCUUAAUCCGCAGAUACAAUAUAACGCCAGAGGACUACCACAUGAUAGAGAUAGUUAUCAUAGAGAAUAAGCCCCACAAAGCAGGUCCGCAGUGGAAGUUUGCAGGCGCAUUCUAUUUUGCCACAGUGGUCUUGGCUAUGAUUGGCUAUGGGCACUCUACUCCUGUUACUUAUGGCGGGAAAGCAUUUUGUAUGGCUUAUGCUAUGGUUGGCAUACCUCUCGGUUUAGUAAUGUUCCAGAGUAUAGGUGAGAGAUUGAACAAAUUCGCGUCUGUCGUGAUAAGACGAGCGAAGUGCUACCUAAGAUGUAACACCACAGAGGCCACUGAGAUGAAUCUGAUGUUUGCCACUGGGAUGCUAUCGUCCAUUAUUAUAACUACAGGUGCUGCUGUGUUCUCGCGCUACGAAGGUUGGAGCUACUUCGAUAGCUUUUACUACUGCUUUGUAACACUCACCACCAUCGGCUUCGGUGAUUAUGUUGCCUUACAAAAUGACCAAGCAUUGACCAGCAAGCCUGGUUAUGUGGCUCUAAGCUUGGUGUUCAUACUGUUUGGACUAGCCGUGGUCGCUGCCAGCAUUAACUUGCUUGUUCUACGAUUCAUGACUAUGCAAGCAGAAGACGCGGCCCGUGACGAGGAAGACAAAGAUGGUUCUAGAACUCUUCUCCCAAUAGAUGAACAUCCCAUUAUGGGCAGACAGAGGUCUCAUGAUGAUCAGGCAUCGGUAUGUUCCUGCAACUGCCUCGGCAACAAGCAGUGCGAGGGCGGAGCCCUACUGCAGCCGGCGCCGCGCCCGCAUCGCCUGCGGCGCCGCGUAUCCCUCGCUCUAGCUCCCGAACUUAUUGAGCGAGCCUCUGUCUGAAUGUAACACAGGCUUUAAAUGGAAAAAAGGUAUAAAUAAAGUGAAUACAUUGUUGCGUGUACUUUUCGCAACCGUAUUAUUUUGCAGGAAUUUGUUUUCCAUGCGUAGAACGUUCCGCAGGGCUCGUAUUGCUUGGCCAUCGACGACUCCAAGAAUGAGGGAACAGAAUGCUGUACAUGUGUACUGAACACUUUCCUUGUAGAAUAGCACGGUUUGCAGUUGCAGCUUACAGUUCGCGCCAAACAACAACAAACUGUUGAGUUCACAAUUGUAAGAAAAAAAUAAAUAUAUCCGAACAGGACGUGCUCCUGCUUUUUGGGAAGUCGGGUCAAAAUAUGAACUGUCUGAAUUGCAAAUUAUUUGGCGCAUAAUUAUGUAUUUGGAAUUUUUUGAAGCUGAAGGAGUUUAUGAUAAAGCACAAAAAAGGUUAUUUUUUCUUAUUGUUUUUUUAGGAGAAUGUUACUGCUGUUUAUUUUGGAUGCUAAUGUCUAUUUAGCACUUCUUACUUACUAUACUUAAAGUACAUAGUUCAGUGAGUAGUUCUUUAAUUGAGCGGAGGUGAACACAAGUUAUUUAGUAGAAUAGGAAGCAAGAAAUUGCUUAAUUAAGUACUUACAAGUACAUAUUAUGUGAUUUUAUUACAAGUCAGUAUUACGCCAGUCUUUAAAUGUAUACUUAAAUUGAAAUCUUUCUUUAGCGUUGUGAAAAUAGAUGUUGUCUGUUUUGUGCCAACAUUUUAGAGUUUAAGUUAAAAUAUAAGUUUAAAAUCAUGAAGACAUUCUUCGCCCCAAUUUUUUAUAUAGGUACUUUGAAUGUUUUUAAAAAUUAUAAGUCCUUGUACUGGGUCGAAAGGCAUGGACUAUUUUACACCAUACCUGCAAUGAUCCAAAAGAAGAUUUUUUCCUGUUGAUUUAAAUAAAGGCGUGUCGUAGAAUGAACUAUGAGUUGUAUAUCGUAAGCAAGUAGUCUUAUGUGACUAUUUUUGCAUAAUAAGUGUACCGGGGUAGAAUUCCAAUCUGUUAGCUUACUAUAUUACUACACUAGCUUCUGCCAGCGGUUUCACCCGCAUCCCGUGGGAACCUCUGCACGAAACCGGAUAAAAAGUAUCCUAUAGCCUUCCUCGAUAAAUGGUCUAUCUAACACUGAAAGAAUUGUUCAAAUCGGACCAGUAGUUCCUGAGAUUAGCGCGUUCAAACAAACAAACAAACAAACUCUUCAGCUUUAUAAUAUUAGUAUAGAUUAGCUUACAAACCAAUACAUAUAACAGUAUUAUAUUAUAUGUCUAAAUCAAAUCAUUUACUUACCUAUUUAUUUAUUGUGUGUAGAUUUGUAAUAUUACCCAAAAUACAAAGGUUUAGCUACUCUAUUAGAAAAGUUACACGAGAAAAUUGUAGUCAGCUUCAAAAGUUCAAAGACACGUUGUUUGGCAGUUUUGAAUUUUUUUAUUUGUUCUGCUACUUUAGAAGCUGACCUUAUCACAUUUUAUUCAAUGGUCAGACUUGUGUUAAUGAAAAUAGUCAUAAGUGACAUAUACCAGUUUAUGUAGGUAAGAAUAUAAUGUAUAAGGUUACAGUGCCAAGACUUUUAUAUGAAAUCUUUUGAUGUAACUUGUAAUAUUUCAAAUAUUGUAGAAUUGUCUACCUACUGUGUUAUGGGUGCACUUGUAUUUUGAAUAAUGAUGAUAGAUGAUUGAAAUUUUCCCACUAUAUUUUAGCAUAUGCCAGUGUCCUGAAAGCACGAGUCUUCUAUACCUAGUAUGUUUAUUAAAACUAAAUAAAGUAUAAACUGUUCUCUGCGUCCCGGGGGAACGACUUCACGCACCAGAAAAAAGUAUGCUAACUAUAACAGUUAUAGUAAACUAUACUGCAAAAGAUAGUUUUAGUAUAACUAUCUUUGCCAAAAAAUAGUGGGAACUUAAACUAGUCAUAUUACCUAAGUAUGACGUCACACGGAUUUCCGUUAUUUACCAAAGAUUUUGUGUAUAAUUUUAAGUGAAAUUGCACUGUUUCGAUAUUAAACUGUGAUAUGAUUUUGAUCUCACAUUAUUUAAGUUUAUUUUAUUGUGACACGACAGUGUACGCCUUAACACUCGCCAUAUUAUUUGUAAAUUAAUAUUACAUUUGUAUUACAAUAUAUUAUAUGUGUUCGAUGUAAUUAAUAAACGUUUUUGUAAUUA